CCUACAUGUUGCAAGAGCGCGACUGCACAGCAGGCUUGGGCGGCGGAAUUAUCUACACGACCUUCCCAGGCUUUGCAGCUUGAGAUACAUCCCAUCAACCAUCCCCCGUUGACCGGACUCCUUCGAAAAUCUUUAUUCGAUUUCACAGCUAGCUCAAGUGCUUGGAGAUUAUUUGGAGGCAUCCGCCUCAGCAAGAGCAUGUGCGAUGGCCACGAUGUUUUUGAUCUGGCUCAAGUUAGCAAGUGAGGGGUGAACAGCAGCGCUCUGGUACCCACCCCGGCGUCCAUUUAAAGCCAAAGACUAUAAUUGUCGAAGGUUGUUCCUCACCACAACAGGUCCUUGCGUCGUACAUGCCCUGGACAGAGUCGUUGACCAGAUUUCUCUGCGAACUGACUCCUUGAUUUCUCAUAGUCAAUGGUCAAAUGGGUCCGGGCGAGAAUUGCAUUUUCAAACUAGAUACCCCGAUUCAACGUCAAGGAAAUGCUUCCUAUUCCAGCUUCCGGAGGAAGAUGGUCACAAGGGGAUUUUGAGUAUUGGGAUAAGAUGCACGCUACUUCAUGAACGUAGCAAUCUUAUCCAAGCGAAGCAUGCCACCAAAAUGUGUGUCGAUUUUGAUUACUGCUUCAAGCUGUUGCUCAAGCGAAUUCGAAUCGCCGUGGUCGACUCGGCGUUUUCACCAAUUACGUUGUCGAACGGUACUCUCGGUAUCAGACCCAGGGUGGUCUUUGCCAAUGACAUAUUGUUCAAUUUAAAGAUAUUCCUAACUCCAGCGGGACCAUCAAAUGAAGGCUUUCCGGGGCCACCCUCGUCUUCGCCUCUCCUGAUAGUGUCGAACUGCGCAAUGGAAAUCAUCUUCUGGUACGUUGGCCAAGGUCCUGCAUACAAAAAGUGCCAACCGACAGAUUACUUCUCCAGUUGCGAACUAUUCAAGGCGGAAAAUCUAGUGGGCAGUUCUUCAGCUUUGCAUCACACGUCGCCCAAGCGAUAGCAUUUACAUACAGCAUGCAUGAUCUGCGUCCGAAGGAGGUCGAGUGAGAGCAUGCUCAAGCUGUUAAGGCUCAACUACGGUCUUUGUGUACACGCUCUGAAGCCGACAUUGGGUUCAAUAACGUUUCCGCUAUCCAUUACUGGAUACACUUCUUUUCACGGACCUCGACGUCAAAUUCGAGAGUGGCCAAUUCGUCGCCUUUGUCAAUCCAUCCGGCUGCGGAAAGACAACCGUGAUAUCUUACUAGAGAGAUUCUACAAC